AGAAUCAGAGAAGACCAGGAAAGAAGAAAUUCUAGGGUUUUUUUUUGAGAAGGGGAAAUUUUUGCAGAGCGUACGAAAGAAGAGAAGAGAAGAUGAUUGAAGUGGUGUUGAACGAUCGAUUGGGAAAGAAGGUGCGAGUGAAGUGUAACGAAGAUGACACGAUUGGAGAUUUGAAGAAAUUGGUUGCUGCACAAACUGGAACGAGAGCUGAUAAGAUUCGAAUUCAAAAGUGGUAUAAUGUUUACAAAGAUCAUAUUACUCUUGCUGAUUAUGAAAUUCAUGAUGGAAUGGGUCUUGAACUCUACUAUAAUUAAAUAAUAUAAGCUUCUGUAUUCUACUAAUUCACUCUUUCAAGAUCUUAAUUAAAUAAAAUUUGAAAUUGUGUGAUAAUUUAGUUU